AUGUCAGUGAAAAAGCCAAGAUUUGCUGUUUUACUUGAAGAUUGUGAAAAUGGACAACAUGGAAAUUUAACAUUUGUGUCAUACUUUCUUCAAAAUGAAGAUGAUACUUCUUUAUCAAAUUGGAAUGGAGAGUUCUUGUUUAAAGAUGGAAGUUCAUUAUCAUUUACUGUAAAAUGUCCUGAACAAUACCCAGCAGAAGUUCCAGAAGUUACAUUCAAAAAAGUUCCUCGUUGUACUUCUAAAAUUCAAUUCAACAGAAAUACUAUAAGUCCUGUUUGUCAAAUUUGCAAAGAUUGGUUGAAUAUUGAUUAUAAUAAACGAAAUCUUGAUGCAUUAUUCACUCUUAUUCAUGAUAAUUUGAAGUAA